GAGAGCCACAAACCAACCGCCCUCCAUCCGAGGAGCUGGAGGAGGGAGACGAGGGAAACGAGGAGGAGAUGGAGGGGGAGAGGAGGUGGAGUAAAAGAAUCCUUGCCCUGACCAAUGGGCCCAGGUCUGCGAACGGGCCGCCAUUUGGCAGUGUCUGGCUGCGGAGAAGGAUCACCACCUCGGACGCCGCGGCCGCAACUGGCGGCGCGCAAGGCUGCGCCACCUCUCGCGAUGAUCACCGCCUUUGGGUGCCAACCCCGUCGCCGAAUUUCAGCGGAACAAAUAAAACGGCAGUAGGCCAGGGAGGCGGAGAGAAAGAGGGGAAAAGUGCCAGGGAGCGGGAGGCAGUGCUAAGCGGUGAGCCGGCGGCGCGCGAGGAGGGGGAGGGCGAGGGGAGGGCAGCCACCUCUCGGGGCACACCCCGCCUCAUGAAGCCCCGGCUGCCCUGCGAGAGAAGCCCUGUGAGGAGCCUCCGUCCUGGCACGGCCUCGCGCCUCCCCGGAGCAGAGCACGGAAAACACGCCCCCGGGAUCAGCACAGCGACCAGCGAAGCCGUGCAGCAGGCGCACCCGAGAGUGAGGAAACGAUCGGGAACAGGGCAUGGCUGUUCAAGAAACGCCCAGGACCGUUCUGUAAACCCCAAUUACCGUCCAGAAUACCCGGGUCGAACCGGUCAAACAACGGCGUCGGAACCAAUAAAAAACAGCAAAACAGCGCCAGGGAAAAAAACGGCCCUGAGGAGGAGGAGGAGGAGGAGAGGAGGAGAGGAGGAGGAGGAGGAGGAGGAGGAGCCCAGGGCCCACUAAGACCCCCGACGCACGCGCGCGCGGGCGCUCGCCGCACCAUCCCCGACGCCCCCGGCGCUGCGGCAGGGGGCGCGACGGGGGCGGCGUCGCCCCGCCGCCCGCCUCGGGCCCGGAGGCCCUCGCGGACCGAGCCGGCUCGAAGAGCCCGGGCGGAGAACGCCUCCCACCAGAGCCGCACCUGACGCAGGGCAGCAGGCCAGCCUGGCUAGCGCGACGUGUUGCGCUGAAUCAACAGCUUGGUCGUCCUCGUCCUCUGUGGUCGGCCCGUGAGAGACGACAGGAGGUCGUGGCAGCUGCCCGACUUCCCGUUGACCCCGACGACCCUGUCGCGGAGCAUGACGCGCCGAUCGGGGUGCGCCUGGUUCCACUUGUGGACGAGCCCUCCUUCCCGGAUCUUCCUUAUGGAAAAGGAGCCCUGGCUCCACUCAGGAGCAAUGUCGAUGCCCAUUGUCGCGUUCGGCUCCUCCAGGAGCUCGACCUCUAUGUCUGGGGCAGCUUGCCCUGGCAUCGUAAUGCAGAUGUUCAGCUUGGCGUCGGGGUUGUUACUGUCGCUCAGCUUGGCGUCGGGGUCGUUAUUGUCGCUGCUGUCGAGCAACAUCAAAGGAAUCUCUCCGACAAAACCUUUUCCGCGCAAUCUAUCAUGCCCCAGCGUGGCUUCACCUAUGGCAACACCGCUAUCGAUAUACACAGCAAAGUGUAAGUCAUCGUUCGGCUCCCAGCUCUCAAGCGGAGACGUGAACAUCCACUCUGGAUUGUUCGAGCCUUGUGCUGGAGGGGUUUCGAUGACGUCGGUCUUGCCGCGCACCUCGCACACGCAGUAAGUAUCGUAAGCUACGUGGACAGCAUCAGGAAGGUUGGUCGCGCCAAUGAUGCAAACCGUGAGGUUCAUGCUGGGAGCGCUCCGAGGAGACGAUCCUCCGCGCUCGAUGGGUCCUAGUUCCUUACCCUCUGUCGAGCCAGGCGGGAAAUUGUAAUACUCGAGCUCAGGAAAACCCUUGGCGAGCUCGUCCGCACGAUCUUUCGGCACCCCAUCCGUCCACGCCACCCAGCCCAUGAGCGGCGGGGUCGCCUGCGUGCUUCUCACCUGUUCCCGCUUGUACAAGUGGUCACUGCCCGAGCCUGGCUCUGGAGACAGCGUGAUGACCCAGACGUGUGGCGCAGCUUCACCCUGCAGGCGGAUGUGGACAGCAGGGCUAGGGGCCCUAGGGCUGAACAGCCACCCCCUUUUCUCCUCAACCUUUAUGAACAUUUCCGCGUCGUUGAAGUCCGCGACCUGGCGGUAGACUCCGUUCACGUAGUUAAGGCCCACGCACCUGAAACACGCACCCAUCUGACCCUGGCGUCGCCGUCGCGCCGCCCCGAAGCUCGCGCCUUCUUGGUGGAAGGCCCAACUUUCUUCUGGCGAGCGGGAGCGGAAGGCGCUGAGCGCGAUGGAACCGCGCCGGCACCGUCCUCCGCGCCGGCGUCAACGAUGAGGAGGCUCGUGGCAGGCUCGCCGACGGGGUCGGGAGGAGCCUGGUUCGACUCGCCGGCUUCGGGAGGAGCCUCCACAUCCUGCUGCUCGGGGCGCUUCAGCGAGCGGCUCCCCUUCCCGCCCAUGGUAGUCAAGAUCGCCUGCGCUUGCCUUGAGCCU